AUGCUCAUCAUGGGCUGGGACGGCACCGAAGUGACGCCCCAGAUCCGCUCCCUCAUCGAGGACCAUCAUCUCGGAACCAUCAUCUUGACUGCCAAGAACCUUAAAUCUGCUCAAGAAACGGCCAAGUUGGUCAAAGAGCUCCAGACUAUCGCUCACAAGGCCGGGCAUCCCAGGCCGCUGCUUAUCGCUCUGGAUCAAGAGAACGGGGGUGUCAACAGUCUAUUCGACGAAGACUAUGUAUGCCAGUUUCCUAGUGCCAUGGGUGUCGCCGCCACGGGGCGCGUCGAGCUGGCCUACGAAGUAUCAAAGGCUACUGCGACCGAGGUCGGGGCGUGCGGCAUCAACUUUAUGCUCGGUCCCGUCCUCGACGUCCUAUCCAACGCCAGGUACCAGCCCGUCGGGGUUCGCGCGACCGGGGACGACCCACAGGAAGUCUCUCAGUACGGCAUCGCAGCCAUCAAUGGUAUUCGCGAUGCCGGUCUGGCCAGCUGCGGGAAGCACUUCCCGUCGUAUGGGAACCUUGACUUCCUAGGCUCCAGCCUAGACGUCCCAAUCAUCACCCAGACGCUGGAAGAGCUGAGUCUGAGUGCGUUGGUACCCUUCCGCAAUGCCAUUGCCACGGGCAAGCUUGACGCCAUGUUCGUGGGGGGAUGUGGUAUUUCCAACCCUUCCAUGAAUGUGUCUCAUGCCUGUCUGUCCAGCCAAGUCGUGGACGACCUCCUCCGUGAAGAGCUAGGGUUUGAUGGCGUUGCUAUCUCAGAAUGUCUUGAAAUGGAGUCCCUUACCCAUGACCUUGGGGUCCAGAACGGCGUAGUCAUGGCCGUGGAGGCUGGAUGUGACCUGGUCCUGUUGUGCCGGGCUUACGAAGUGCAGCUCGACGCCAUCAAAGGCCUCAAGCUAGGGGUUGAAAAUGGCAUCUUCACCAAAGAACGUAUCUAUACCUCAUUGAAGCGCGUACUGCGGUUGAAGGACACCUGCACGUCUUGGCAGGCAGCCCUCCACCCACCCGGGAUCUCUCUUCUCUCUAAACUACACCCAACGCAUAUGGCACUGUCCAGAAAGGCAUAUGAUGACUCGAUCACGGUAAUCAGGGACAAGGAGAAGCUCUUGCCAUUGUCGGAAUCCAUGCAUCAGGACGAAGAGCUGUUGCUUCUUACACCGCUAGUAAAACCGUUGCCAGCCUCAAGCUUGACAAAGAGCAUCCUUCAGGCCAAGGAUGGUCAAGGGCUAACUCCAACGACUCACAAUAAAUGGCUUCACCGAGAGAAGGGGGCCAUAAUGAGUGGAGAGGGGGUGUUCAGAGAGUUUGGACGCUCACUAGCACGAUCUCGUCAUGGGAAGCUCCUUCAUACGAGUUACACAGCCAACGGAGUCAGGCCAGUCCACGAGAACCUCAUCCACAGAGCGUCCUGUAUCAUCAUCGUCACUGCGGAUGCCAACAGGAACCUGUACCAAGCUGGCUUCACGAAACACGUAGAGAUGAUGUGUUCAAUGCUGCGAACGCGCGGCCAAAAGAAGUCUGUGAUUGUUGUAGCCGUAAGCUCGCCGUACGACUUCGCCAUGGACAAGUCGAUCGGCACCUACAUCUGCACCUUUGACUUCACUGAGACUGCAAUGCAUGCCCUGGUCCGCGCUCUAUGUGGAUACAUCGUGCCAAAAGGAACCUUGCCAGGGACGCUGCGGAAGAGUAAGAAGGUGCUCAAGUCACGCCAGCACUGGAUCGUGGAAGAGUAUGAUCGCCACCGCGAUAGCCAUGGGCUCGAGGAGCUCACCAAAGCUGUUGCCCGGGCUAACAUCGCUGACUUGGGUCACUUGGAGUCGAUGCCCGCCGCGAGCUUCGAACUAUUCAAUCAAAACAUCGGGGAAGCACACUUUGUUGUCAGAAACAGCAGUACCCAUGCCUUGUACGGGUUUGCUGCCACCUACUUCAUAGACGGAAUCGGCAUUCUGGGAGCCAUCUUCGUCGAUCCUUCCAAACGCAACGUGUCGGUCGGACGAUCUCUCCACCGACGGGCGUUGCGCCAUCUCGUCGGCCAGCGAGGCGCCAAGAAGAUGCAGCUUGGAACCUCGUUUCCAGGCGUGCUAUUGGGCAUCCCCAUCGACGAGGGCGGGGUCAAGGGCUGGUUUAGCAACAACGGCUGGGACGUCCAGUUCCCUAAACGGCUAACCAACCUGAUAAUCAACGACCUGAGAAGCUGGACCAUACCCGAGGGCUUGCUGCAGAGCAUUCAGCGAGCGAACCUAAGCUUCGAUCUGAUACAUGGUCUGGACAACGCCGAAAGCGUCCUCAACCACGUUGGCAGCUGCGCGAACCCAGAGGUCUUGGAGUUGUACAGGUGCGCUCUGCAGGAAACAAAGGCUUGCGGUAUAGUGCGAGCAAAAGGACCGGGCGACACGCUGCUCGGAACCAUCAUCAUCUGCCGACCGGGCAGCCCACUCUCAACCUUUGUGCCUCCGCUGCUCUCGAAUAUGGACGAGGGGAUCGGGGGCAUCCUCGCGCCGGUUGUACACCCAGGGUCACAGGACGCCUUGGUCCUCCAGGGGCUGACUCUGAUGGGAGUCCGGCAGAACAAGGCGCACAAGUCAGCAAAGACAGUGCUUAGCUGGGUGCAAGACGACGCUUACGAACAUAUCAUGGCGAUGGGAUUUGAAAUUUUGCAGGCAUACGAGGAGCUUACGACUGCGCCGGACAACUGGACUGAUUUGAACUAG